UAAGGGGCGGGGGUGUGUGUGCCUGCAUUUCUUCAGAUACUUGGCGUUUUCAGAAGAUUGUUGCAUCUACACAGUGGAAGUCAAAUUUUGUGUAUGGCGUGGUUAAGGUUGCAGCCUCUCACCUCAGCCUUCCUCCACUUUGGGCUGGUUACCUUUGUGCUGUUUUUGCAUGGUUUGCAGGUGGACGCUGGCAUAACGGGAGAGUCUCUAAGUACAGGACAAAACAGCUCGUGCUCAGGAUCUUCCGAUUGCAAGGAGGGUGUUAUCUUGCCAAUAUGGUAUCCAGAAAACCCAUCCCUUGGGGACAAAAUUGCCAGAGUUAUUGUUUAUUUUGUGGCACUUAUCUACAUGUUCCUCGGAGUCUCCAUCAUUGCAGAUCGUUUCAUGGCAUCGAUAGAGGUCAUUACAUCACAAGAAAAAGAGAUUACAAUCAGGAAACCAAAUGGGGAGACCACCACGACUACCAUUCGGGUUUGGAAUGAAACUGUUUCCAACCUGACCCUGAUGGCUCUAGGUUCUUCUGCUCCUGAGAUUCUUCUGUCAUUGAUAGAGGUAUGUGGCCAUGGAUUCAUAGCCGGAGACCUGGGGCCCUCUACCAUUGUUGGCAGUGCGGCUUUCAACAUGUUUAUCAUCAUAGCCAUCUGCGUUUAUGUGAUCCCGGAUGGGGAAACCAGAAAGAUAAAACACCUGAGGGUGUUCUUUGUCACAUCUGCAUGGAGCAUCUUUGCUUAUAUCUGGUUGUACAUGAUCCUUGCCGUCUUCUCUCCAGGUGUGGUGCAGGUCUGGGAAGGCUUGCUCACUCUGUUCUUCUUCCCUCUUUGUGUCCUCCUGGCUUGGGUGGCAGAUAGAAGGCUGCUCUUCUAUAAGUACAUGCACAAAAAGUAUCGUACUGACAAGAACAGAGGCAUUAUCAUUGAGACAGAAGGUGAACACCCUAAGGGAAUAGAAAUGGAUGGCAAGAUGAUGAACUCCCACUUUCUGGAUGGAAAUUUAGUAACUAUGGACGGGAAAGAGGUGGAUGAAUCUCGCAAAGAGAUGAUUCGGAUCCUCAAGGAUCUGAAGCAAAAGCACCCAGAAAAGGACUUGGAUCAGCUGGUAGAGAUGGCCAACUACUAUGCCUUAUCUCACCAGCAAAAGAGCAGAGCCUUUUACCGCAUCCAAGCUACCAGAAUGAUGACUGGAGCUGGCAACAUUCUGAAAAAGCAUGCGGCCGAGCAAGCCAAGAAAAGCACCAGCUUGCAUGAGGUGCAGGCAGAUGAACCUGAGGAAUUCAUCUCCAAAGUUUAUUUCGAUCCUUGCUCCUACCAAUGUCUUGAGAACUGUGGCGCUGUCCUCCUGACGGUGGUGCGGAAAGGGGGUGACAUGUCCAAGACCCUCUAUGUGGACUACAAAACGGAGGAUGGCUCUGCCAAUGCUGGUGCUGACUAUGAGUUCACAGAGGGAACUGUGGUCUUGAAGUCAGGGGAGACCCAGAAGGAGUUCUCUGUGGGGAUCAUUGAUGAUGACAUCUUUGAGGAAGAUGAGCAUUUCUUCGUGCGGCUUAGUAACCUCCGCGUGGUUGAGACUGAGGAACCUGCCGAGCUCAACAAUUUGCCAUACCCAAAGGCCAUACUGACUUCUCCUUGCGUGGCCACAGUGACUAUCUUGGAUGAUGACCACGCGGGCAUCUUCACAUUUGAGUGUGAUGUGAUGCAUGUCAGUGAGAGCAUUGGCGUGAUGGAAGUCAAAGUCCUUAGGACAUCAGGUGCUCGAGGUACAGUCAUAAUCCCAUUUAGGACAGUAGAAGGGACAGCAAAAGGAGGUGGAGAGGAUUUUGAAGAUGCUUAUGGGGAGCUGGAGUUCAAGAACGAUGAAACGGUCAAAACAGUUCACAUCAAGGUAAUUGAUGAUGAGGAGUAUGAGAAAAACAAGACUUUCUUCAUUGAGCUGAUGAGCCCACGCAUGGUGGAUAUGAGUUUACAGAAAGCGCUGCUACUCACUCAAGAAGUGGCAGAGAGGAAGCUGACCAUCGAAGAGGAGGAAGCCAAGAGGAUUGCAGAGAUGGGGAAGCCGGUGUUGGGCGAGCAUCCCAAACUAGAGGUCAUCAUUGAGGAGUCCUAUGAAUUCAAGAGUACCGUGGACAAGCUGAUUAAGAAGACAAACCUGGCUUUGGUUGUAGGGACACAUUCCUGGAGGGACCAGUUCAUGGAAGCCAUUACUGUUAGUGCAGCGGGUGAUGAAGAUGAGGAUGAGUCUGGUGAGGAGCGCCUGCCAUCCUGCUUUGACUACGUCAUGCACUUCCUGACCGUCUUCUGGAAGGUGCUCUUUGCUUGCGUGCCACCCACAGAGUACUGCAAUGGCUGGGCCUGUUUCGUGGUGUCCAUCAUGAUCAUUGGCAUGCUCACUGCUGUCAUCGGGGACCUCGCUUCCCACUUCGGCUGCACCAUUGGCCUCAAGGACUCGGUGACUGCUGUUGUCUUUGUGGCCUUUGGCACCUCAGUACCAGACACUUUUGCCAGCAAAGCAGCCGCCAUCCAGGAUGUGUAUGCUGAUGCUGCCAUCGGCAACGUCACGGGCAGCAAUGCCGUCAACGUCUUCUUGGGCAUCGGACUGGCAUGGUCCGUGGCUGCCAUCUACUGGGCUACCCAGGGACAAGAGUUCCAUGUGUCAGCGGGCACGCUGGCCUUUUCCGUCACGCUUUUCACCAUCUUUGCUUUUGUCUGCAUCAGUGUCCUGCUGUACCGGAGACGGCCUCACCUCGGAGGGGAACUAGGAGGCCCCAAGGGGUGCAGACUUGCCACAACUUUGCUCUUUGUGAGCCUGUGGCUCCUGUACAUUCUUUUUGCCACGCUGGAGGCCUAUUGUUAUAUCAAAGGGUUCUAA